GAGCUGAAAAUUAAAAGGGUGAACGUGGAGUUAUGGGUUGGCCGGGUUUUUUUCUUUUCCUAUUUUCACUCUUUAUUGUAAAUUCUGCAGGUAAAGCGAUAGUGAGCCGGGAGCUUAAAGACAUCUGUAGAGGAGGGGUGAGUCAGCGGGUGCAGAAGGACUAAGAAUUGGUUCCUUGGAGGGACGGUCGCCUCUUUCCCCAGAGAGGAGGCGGCGGGGCUGCUCCUGGGACCGAACCCCCGUCCUCUCCCCGCUCCAGGGGAACGCGGGGCCGACGACGCCCCGCAGCCGCCUCGGUCUUGGCCAGCUUUCCGCGUCCAGUUCCCCCGGCCUGCGCGCGCAGAAGCUGGAUCUAGCACGAGUCCACCGCGCGCCGGUCACACCGUGGGUAACUGCGGGCCGGGAGAAGCGCCCAGAUGCCGGCGGUCCCCGCCUUUGAGAGUCGACGGCACACCGGUACUUGAUUGUGGGUAGCGGGGAGGCUGGCGCUAGAUUGUUGAAUUCCCAGUUACGCGCAGAAUGCCCAAUCUUCUAAGCAGGACGGAUCGGACAGUACGGAGAAGCGGGCUCCUGUAGUUCUGGGAUUGCAUUUUGCAACGUGUCUCCUCGAGCUUCGCGCCAAGCCUGGGGGAGGGAGGGAGUUGGGGCCGGAAGGCCAGCGCCGCGGGUGGAUAGGGUCCGCGGGUAGCCCCGCGUGUGCGUCCCUGGCCAUGUCGCCUUUAAUGCCCUGCCCUUUUGCGUGGCCUUCUGAGGGUUUCCAGGGCAGGCCGGGGUUGCUUCCCACCCACACGCCCUCUCUCACCCCCAGCUAACCCCAGCGGGCAAGGCUCCCCAGAGCCGAGACCUUUUGACUCUGCUCCCUCGCUCCCGCCUCCGCCCUCGCCCGGGGGUGGCUCCCGAGAGCCGGACCUCGCCGGCCCCGGCUGGGACCAUGGUGUUUCUCUCUGGGAAUGCCUCCGACAGUUCCAACUGCACCCAUCCGCAGGCACCAGUGAACAUAUCCAAGGCCAUUCUGCUCGGGGUGAUCUUGGGGGGCCUCAUCAUUUUCGGUGUGCUGGGCAACAUCCUAGUGAUCCUCUCCGUGGCCUGCCACCGGCAUCUGCACUCGGUCACUCACUACUACAUCGUCAACCUGGCGGUGGCCGACCUCCUCCUCACCUCCACGGUGCUGCCCUUCUCUGCCAUCUUUGAGAUCCUGGGCUACUGGGCCUUUGGCAGGGUUUUCUGCAAUAUCUGGGCGGCGGUGGACGUCCUGUGCUGCACCGCGUCCAUCAUGGGACUCUGCAUCAUCUCCAUCGACCGCUACAUCGGUGUGAGCUACCCGCUGCGCUACCCCACCAUCGUCACCCAGAAGAGGGGUCUCAUGGCCCUGCUCUGUGUCUGGGCGCUCUCCCUCGUCAUCUCCAUCGGGCCCCUGUUUGGCUGGAGGCAGCCGGCCCCUGAAGACGAGACCAUCUGCCAGAUCACCGAGGAGCCGGGCUACGUGCUCUUCUCGGCCCUGGGCUCCUUCUACGUGCCACUGACCAUCAUCCUGGUCAUGUACUGCCGGGUCUACGUGGUGGCCAAGAGGGAAAGCCGGGGCCUCAAGUCCGGCCUCAAGACUGACAAGUCGGACUCGGAGCAGGUGACGCUCCGCAUCCAUCGGAAAAAUGCCCCGGUAGGAGGCAGCGGGGUGUCCAGCGCCAAGAACAAGACGCACUUCUCCGUGAGGCUCCUCAAAUUUUCCCGGGAGAAGAAAGCGGCCAAAACACUGGGCAUCGUGGUCGGCUGCUUCGUCCUCUGCUGGCUGCCUUUUUUCCUAGUGAUGCCCAUUGGGUCUUUCUUCCCUGAUUUCAAGCCCUCAGAAACAGUUUUUAAAAUAGCGUUUUGGCUCGGAUACCUAAACAGCUGCAUCAACCCUAUUAUAUACCCAUGCUCCAGUCAAGAGUUUAAAAAGGCCUUUCAGAACGUCUUGAGAAUCCAGUGUCUCCGCAGAAAGCAAUCUUCCAAACACGCCCUGAGCUAUACCCUGCACCCACCCAGCCAUGCCCUGGAGGGCCAACACAAGGACCUGGUGCGCAUUCCAGUGGGAUCGGGAGAGACCUUCUAUAAGAUCUCCAAGACGGAUGGGGUCUGUGAGUGGAAAUUUUUCUCUUCGAUGCCCCGUGAAUCUGCCAGGAUUACAGUGUCCAAAGACCAAUCAGCCUGCACCACAGCCCGGGUGAGAAGUAAAAGCUUUUUGCAGGUGUGCUGCUGUAUGGGGCCCUCGACCCCCAGCCAUGGAGAGAACCACCAAGUUCCAACCAUUAAGAUCCACACCAUCUCCCUCAGUGAAAAUGGGGAGGAAGUCUAGAGGACAGGAAAGGUCAGAAGGAAGGCAGGGGGCGGGGGAUGAUCUUAGGCACCCACCCCACUUCCUACUCGGAAGGCCAGUUCACUCUUCCUGGAUGACAAGACGGGACCAUCAGACCAGGGAUCAUGUGGGAACGGGGUGGGGGAGGAGACCUUGGGCAGUGGGUAAGGCUCAGGGAAGAAGGGGGAUGUCACACGACCAUCCAGCUCUAAAUGACGAUAAACAGCAUUUCCUUGAGGCUAAUGCUCUCGCGGUCAUCCUCUGAGGCCGCUUUCCACGUCUGGCCCUUGCAACGAAAACCACCAUGGGAAACAGAAUGUCAUACACAAUCCAAAAGACUAUAAAUAUAAGGUUAUGAUUUCAUCACGAAUAUUUUGAGCACACACUCUAAGUUUGGAGCUAUUUCUUGAUGGAGUGAGGGGGAUUUUAUUCUCAGGCUAAACUUACUGACAGCCACGUUGGAUAUUUACAAGGAGAGGGCCUGGAGAGGAAGAGCCUUAAGACGGAGGCCAACAUCCAGGCACAUUCUUUCGAGAGCGCGUUUUAAACUCCACCAUUUCUGAUCCAUCCAGUUGCUUCACUUGGGUGAAACGUGGCAGUGAGGUUUACCUUUUGCAGCAGUUUGACUGGAUGCUGCCCCUGAUUCCCUAAAGACGAGGGGGAGGGGGCGCUCAUUUUGCCUCGGAAUUAACGGAGGCACAUCCUCUAUGCUCGGGUCUAGAUAGUUGGGGAAAAAAAAGGUGGCUUUUCCUGAUAGGAGACAGUAGAGGUGAGGGCCCGUUUUUUCAACUUACUGCUACAGAAAACAUUCCAGUAGCCAAUGCCAGGAUCAAAUUGAGGAAGGCUUCUUGUGAAACCUACUUAAAGAUCAAGAGGUUGGAGUGGAGUGGGUACUGAUUUCAUGCUAAGAGGCUGCAUACUUACGGCACAGCCUUUUUCAUGUGGCUUAGAAAGGCUUUUCUUGGCAAAUGGCUUGCUUUUUCCAGAACUCCAUUAUGAAAAUUCAGAGCUUGCAGUACUUUGAAAGGCACAUCCUGACUUCCGUUUUUUCUCAGCUGCUUCGCUACCGCCUAAUGAAUGAGGUUCAAGGUCCUGAAUGCACAUGCAGCCUGGUGGAAUGCGCCUUAUGAUCCAGGGAUACCCUUCCCGAACUUUGAAAGAUACACACGCUUAGCUUGAGAGGAGACUGACAGGUCCCCAGAAAAUCAUCUAAAGGAGGAAUUUGCAAAUAGUUUUUGACAGAGGCCCAUUGCUUCUGGUAAAAGAUCCAGGAACCCGUUCGCUUCAUCUAUCCCCACUUUCUACAGGGAUGUGGGGAACUUGCUUUAUGUGUUCCAAAUUUUGGUAAACCUUCAUAACUCUGAAUAUCACUAAAGAUGAAGAUGAUUCUGAUAUGCAAAAAUUAAAAUAUUUUUCACGUGCCACAGUAAGAAUUUAAAAUAAGACUUAACGUUUUUAGAAUAAUUCUGGACUAGAAUCACUGGUCUAAAAACUACUGGUCGACCAUUUCUGUGGCCUCUUCCCCCCAUUUGAGUCAUUUCCUCUUAAGAAUUCCCAAGCAGAUUGCAGCCCUUGUUUAACUUUCACAGCAAAGGUAGGAGCUUGUGAUCUUUUCUUCUUCCCUCGCAGCACAAUGAUAAUUUCUUCAAGUGCGCCUUGAAGGCUAAUACCUUUGCACA